UUCUAUUUUGAGAAACGGAUAGAAAGAGAAAAAGCCCUAGCUAUAUCAUAUCAUUUAGCUAUUACUGUGAACAAGUUUUCUUUAUCAAUCCCCCUCUCAUGGAUCGCUACGAGUAUUUACAGAAAGAUUGUGCUGAAGAAGAUGAUGAUAAUGACUAUGAUGAUUCAGUGAAUGAAGAGAAAACUAACAUGCAUAUUGGAGAUGGAGCUUCGGAGGAGAAUAUGGAAACUGAGAGGAAAAAAAGGGAGAAGCGCAAGUCAUGGGAGGAUGGGGUUGGAUCGGAGCAGAACGGCGGCAUUGAAAUUGACAUUGAAGUGAAGAGGAAAGAAAGGUCUAUAAGUGAAAGGUGUGCUGCAGAUGCUCUCAAAGACAAUUUCUUAGACACGGAGAUUGCAAAACAAAUUGUCGAGAUUUACGCUAAGAUGAAUGCGGCACAAAGACAGAUUUUGUUGCACCGCUUGGAGACAGCCCUUGACACUUUUACAAAGGAGAUUAAUGAACCCAUUAAGGGCAAGCCGGUUGGUAGGCGAAAUAUCAAAAUGCCCAGGAAAGAGGAGAGAAAACUCAGGAAGUAUAAAAUUGACCAUAUACAAUGUAUAAGAUGUCGUGGAAGCUGAGAGAUCGCACUGGAUGUUGCUGCAAUGAAUGCAGUAGUUGCUCAAAACAGAAACUUAUCUAGAAAUCGGUUGUUUUGUGCAUUGCUGCGCUAUGUUUUACACAACAUGCUCCCUUGUGUUCUUGAGUAUUCCAAUUUAUGUGGGAAUGGUUGUUGGCAAAACACUGUGACUUGUUAAAGUUACAGAUUUGUUCUUAGGCAUCAGUGGUUUGUCAUUCAAGCUGUACAAGUACCCAUUUUUGGUUUCUUUAAAAGAUCUCUACUAAAAAGCAGAUGGUGUGUUUUGUAAUCUUAUUUUUGUUUUAUAAGGUAAGAGUUGUUUAUGAUUUUCUACGCAACUGCAAAACCAGUGUCCGUAAGUGUCGUUCUAGCAUUUGGUAUGAUCUUUGAUUCCUGUGUGUAAAUUAUCGCAACACAUUGCUAAAUUUUGAGUAACCUCUAGGCUUUGCCUUCA